AUGAUCAAGAUUCCACUCGCAACGAUCACGAUGAAUUCUUUGGGCUCCCUCCAUCCAUAUUUGGGAUUAGGACAAUUUGACCCAGCCCAUCAGGCCAGCGACCAUUCAGGAAGUGAGACCGAUGAACCGAUCACUCAGUCUCAAGCUUCUACCUCGAUGACUGCCAAAAUCAGAGGCAAGAAGCCUGCUGGACGCAUCAGACCCAAUACUAAGGCCAAACUAGCUGCCUCUUUAGAUAGUUCUGUCGAUAGCCUCAAGAAUCAAGCCUCAGAAGCAAUCAAACGAGAAAGAAUAAGAGCUCAGAGUAUUAUAGAUCAUGAUAAUGCCAAGGUCACCAUAUUGGAAACAGCAGCUCGAUUGGAUCAAAAAUUACUUAUCAUCAAGAGUUCGAAAGCUCCUUCGCAACCUGAGGCAAUGGCGCUCUUUACCCUUAGCUACAAAGAGCAUUUCAGUGAUGUGAUGGCUGCAACAUCAGCAAUCCAGCUCUUUGAGAAUGAGGACAAGUGCACUACUUUUAUCAAUUCACCUCCAGAGUUGCGCUGGACUUGGCUUGCCAUAGCUCUUGGGUAUACUGUUGUCAAUGAAUGA